ACAACUCCCGUAGACAUGCGCUUGGAGCUCGGGCACGCAAGGCCGGCCAGGGCGUCCUGGUCGUACGUUUCGAAAUGCCGUUCGCUAUAUGGUGCAACCACUGCCCGAAACCGACAAUUAUUGGCCAAGGCGUACGGUUCAAUGCGGAGAAGAAGAAAAUAGGAGCCUACUACUCAACGCCGAUCUAUAGUUUCCGCAUGAAACACACUGCUUGCGGAGGAUGGAUAGAGAUACAAACGGACCCGAAAAACACAGCAUACGUUGUCACCGAAGGCGCCAAGAAGAGGGAUACAGGCGAGGAUAAAGUCAAAGAAGGCGACUUCGUGAUACAAACGCCCGAGGAGCGCGAGCAGAUGCGCAACGACGCAUUUGCGGCAUUAGAAGGGAAAGUUGAGGACCGGCGACGGUUUGUCAGCGACAGUCAUCGGAUAGAGGAACUCAAGCGUGCUAGUGAUAAAGACUGGGAAGAUCCCUAUGAGAAAAGCAGGAAGCUCCGGCGCACAUUUCGUGUGGAUCGGAAGCUCCGAGAAAAGCAAGCGCUGGCUGAUGAGGACCUCCGUGAUCGUUUGAGUCUGGGCAUAGAUCUGCUUGAGGAAUCUGAAGGAGACCGUCGUCGUGCGGGAUUAAUUGAUUUUGGCGUUUCCGAAGCGGAUACAUCGUCCAUUACGAAAGCUACGGCUCGGCCACUGUUCGCGUCUGAUAAUUCGCAAUCCGACAUUCAAGUAGCACCGAAGGGGUCAUCUAAGAAAAAACGGAAAGUCGCAAAGGAAGUCGAAAUACGAGACAAACUUUAUAAAGAACUCAGCAGCAACACAAGGGCUGCUAUAGAUCCGUUUUUGAACAGCGAGCGGGACUGGGGCCCUUCGCCAACAGAUCGAUUUGUUAUUUCAGGACUUAAACGCAAAAGGACAGAAGGAUCUCCUUCUACGCAAGAUCGUAGCUCUACAACAGAAGAAGAACUAGCUGGUUUCAAGACGCCAGCUGAAGACGAGUCUACUGUGGCUAAUUCGGGGCCAUCUGCCAUUGCGCUGGUGGAUUAUGAAUCUGAUGACUGAAUGACAUACAUGAUACAAAUGAUACCUAGCAUGAAUAUACAUUUUCAAAGUCGCCUACCAGCACCGUUCCAGUUGCUUAGUUUGAACAUCACACAUGUAAUGAAUAGACCAGCAAUAACGAUAGCAUCAUAUGCGGUUGCUUGGACUUGAUAUGCACCAUAUUUUGAC